UUUGUGUUACUCACACACUGGUUGAUAUUGCAGUAUGCACACUUACUAGCCUGUGUUUUAAAACUGUUCUUGGCACGUAUGCCACACCCACAAGCACUGCAUCAAUAUUUCAGGGUCGUGCAAAACACUACAUCACAGGUUGACAUUGCAGUAAGUGCAUCACUGGUUGGUAUUGUAUUUUUAGUGCGUACACACUCACUUUGCCUGUUUUGUUGUUCUUGGCACUUAUGGCACACUCACAAACAUGGUUGGUAUUAUAUUUAUACCUGUUCUUGGCACCUGUCUUACUCACACUACAUGUUCUACGUGGCGACUACAAACGAGGACACAGCCCUGCAGUACACCCGUGUUGAUGAUCACUGCUGAGGUUGAGGUUUCAACAAACACAAAUCGCUGGUUAAUAUUGUAUUUAAGUACGUACACACUCACUUUGCCUGUGUUGUUGAACUGUUCUUGGCACAUGCCAUACUCACACACCAAUUCACUGAUAAAUGUUGUCAAUUGUACAAUAAGUGGGGACUUACUUUCUUGUGUUUUAAAACUGUUCUUGGCACAUAUGCCACACUGACACACACCGCAUCAUAGUCAAUAGUAGGCCUACAAGGUCCAGCAUAUACUACUACAUCACUGGUUGAUGUUGUAUUGCUGUAAGUACACACUCACUUUCUUGUGUUGGACCGGUUCUUGGCACCUGCCAUACUCAUGGUCAAUGUUUCAGACUCAUGCACACACAGUACAGUACAUCGCUGUUCGAUAUUGCACUGCUGUAAGUACACACUUACUUUCCUGUGUUUUUUGACCUUAUCUUGGCACAUGCUGUACUCACACCACAUGCUCCAUGAUGAAACAACAAAAGAGGACUCCGAACACAGCCCUGCAGUGCACCCAUGUUGAUCAUCAGUGAUGAGGAAGAGUGUUCACCGACCCACCUCUGGCCCACCAGCAUUAAGCAUUUUUCCAGCUACGCGCACGGAUGGCUGUAUUAAGGGCCUCCCACAGCAACAUUUUGGUGUUGACUGUGGAAUUUUCAUGAUCAUGUAUGCUUGGUACAUCGCCCUGGAGACACCAUUUGAUUUCUCCAUACAUGACAUGCCCUACCUGAGGAGGUGGUGGUGCACAGUGUUAAUGGAGAAUCUGGAGAUCGAGGGGCAUGGAAGAAGAUUCGCACAUUUCACAGAGGAGGGCAGAAAGACGGCAGACGGUAGUGUGGCACCUGUUUUCCGUGUGCCACGAAAAAGGAAGCUGGACACUAUGGAUGGUAAUGGGCAGAUAAUAGUUGGGCCACCAGCAGCAACAUCAGCAGCUCCUACAGCCCCAACAGCAGCUCCAACAGUCCAGUGUGACAGCUGUGUCUCCAUUGAACAGAGAGAAGAGAGUUUCAGUGAAUUAGAGGACUUCAAUGAAGAAUGUGAGGACACAAGUUGUGAGGAAAGAGAAGAGCGUUUGCGUGAGAUACAGGAGCUCAGCAAAGACUACCAGAACACUAAAUGGCUCUUCGAAGAGGCAAAAAAGGCAGCAGACUGGUUGAAUGAAAACAGUGGGCUGAUAAAAAAUAAAUAUUGGCUGCCACGGGUGUUGGACAUGGAGGCGGAAGAGCAGGAGGAGGUGCUGGCCAGACAGUUUGUCCAGUUGGACGUUGAAAACAUGAAUUUGUUCACAUUUCAAUUUACCACCGUCCAAGAUCACGAAACAUUUUCUAUUCAUGUACGGGACGAACUUCACAUUCGGGCAAUGACAUCAUUUGUCCAAAGAUCGUUUCCAAAUGAAAAAUAAAAAACUCAAAUAACAUUGA